AUGUCUAAAUCAGAAGAAUUAGUCUCAAUUUCUAUGAUGAGAGAACUUCUUAAUAUUCAAAAAGAAACAAUUUUAUCUUUUUUCCGUGAAUCACUAUUUAGCAUAAACGAAAAGUUUGAAAACUUUCAGUCUAGUUUUCAAGAAGUUCGGCGAGAACUUAAUGAAAUGAAAUCUGGCCUAAAUUUUGUUGGAGAUGUUUUCAAUGAUAAAGCUAGAGCAGUCGAGGAAAAAAUUAAUAAAGUUCAUGACGAUUUAUCAAAUGUAAGAAAAAUGCAGGGUAAAAUAUCUUCGGACAAUAUUGAAUUAAAAUUAAGAAGCGUCGAUAUUGAAGACCGUAACAGAAGAAAUAAUUUAAGAAUUGACGGGAUCGUUGAAAACAGUGAAGAAAAAGAUUGGGAAAUCACAAAAAAAAGGGUAAAACAACUAUUUAAAGAUAACCUUGGUAUUGAAAAAGACAUUAUAAUUGAACGGGCUCAUCGAGUGGGAGCAACUAAUGAUAAACGAGAGCGAACAAUCGUCUUGAAACUCCGUGAUUACGAGGAUAAAAAAACAAUUAUGGAGAGAGCAGUUAAAUUAAAAGGAACCAAUAUUUUUUUAAACGAAGAUUUUAGUUUUACAACUCGAAAAAUUCGAAAAGAACUUUUUGAUCAGGCGAAGAUUCAUUGUCAAAAUGGCUAUUUUGCGAAAGCUGUUUACAACAAACUUAUUGUUCACGAAUUUCGAGAAAAUACCCGCAACACAGAUGUUAAUCCUACAUGCGUCAACGAGUAA